CAGGAACCUGUGUCUCGCGGCUCAUCAGUGGAGGUGUUUUCAGUGAGAGGAAGAGGAGUUGGGACAGAAAAUCACGGCUGAGCGAGGAAUAACACUGUAAGACACCAAGACAGACUGGAUCACAGCAUGCAUCUGAAGAUAUGGCGCCCACUCCCUUCGAUGUGCUGUGUAUUUCUUCAGAAAAACUGACACAUGCGUGCGCACAAAGCGCAUCUUUGUUGUGUUUUUGUGAACAUUCCCCCUGCGGAGAAAGACGACUCUCAGGAGGCAAAACCAAAUCCAGAGAAACGAAGCAGCACUUUCCAACAGCCAGGGAGUGACAUUUAAAGCAGAGGAGAAAACUUACUCUCUGUGUAUUCUCCUUCCUCACCUCUAACUUUUCCGGUGCAAUGGACCGGCCUCUGCUGAGACCAGUGUCGGCCUGGGGCUGCUGCUCCUGCAGCACCCUGAAAGCUUGGCUGCCCAUCCUUUCCUGGUUGCCUAGGUACAAGCUGAAGUGGCUUCAGAUGGACCUGCUCGCAGGCCUCACAGUCGGGCUGACGACUGUACCGCAGGCACUGGCUUACGCCGAGGUAGCUGGCCUUCCUGUGCAGUACGGACUCUACUCUGCCUUCAUGGGAGGGUUCAUCUACACCCUCCUGGGGACCUCUAAGGACGUGACGCUGGGUCCCACAGCCAUCAUGUCCCUCCUGUGUUUCUCAGUGGUGGGGGGACAGCCACACCGAGCCAUACUUCUCAGUCUCCUCUGUGGACUCAUCCAGGCUGUAAUGGCAUUACUGAGAUUAGGUUUCCUCUUGGACUUUAUCUCUUUCCCUGUAAUAAAAGGCUUCACUUGUGCUGCUGCAGUAACCAUUGGCUUUGGUCAGGUCAAGAAUAUUCUGGGACUUCAGGGUGUUCCCCACCAGUUCUUUCUGGAGGUUUACUACACCUUCUACAAGAUCCCAGAGGCCAGGACAGGCGAUGUGGUCCUGGGUCUGCUUUGUCUCGCCCUGCUGGUCAUGUUAAUGUUUAUGAGGACAAAUCUGGGCUCUGACGAUGCGCCUCCCUACUCCAGACUCGCCAGGAAACUAGUGUGGGCUGUUGCUACCAUGCGUAACGCUCUGGUGGUCGUGGCUGCUUCCCUCAUAGCAUUUUCCUGGGAUGCCUAUGGUCAUAAGGUGUUCACAAUAACUGGGGAAACAUCCCAGGGGCUCCCACCAUUCAGGCCCCCACCCACCUCAGACACCACAGCCAAUGGCACCAUCAUUUCCUUUGGAGAGAUUGUAGAGGGCUUUGGAGGAGGGCUUGCUGUGAUUCCCAUCAUGGGUUUGUUGGAGAGCAUUGCUAUUGCAAAAGCUUUUGCCAGUCAGAACGACUACAGGAUCGAUGCCAACCAGGAGCUGCUGGCAAUUGGUUUGACGAACAUCAUGGGCUCCUUUGUGUCAGCUUACCCUGUCACUGGCAGCUUUGGGAGGACAGCGGUGAACUCUCAGACUGGGGUGUGCACUCCAGCUGGAGGGAUCGUCACCAGUGUGAUAGUGUUGCUUUCCCUGGCGUUCCUCAUGCCGGCCUUCUACUACAUCCCCAAAGCUUCUCUGGCCGCUGUUAUCAUCUGUGCGGUUGCUCCCAUGGUGGAUUACCACAUCGUGGCCAAGAUGUGGAGGAUACGCAAGCAGGACCUGCUGCCGUUUGUUGUGACGUUCCUGCUGAGUUUCUGGCAGGUGCAGUACGGCAUCAUCGGAGGUGUAGCUGUAUCUGGAGCGCUGCUGCUGUACAACAUGGCAAGACCCCAGAUAAAGGUGUCUGAUCACGGUGCACUGGUGAUGGAGUUGAGCAGUGGACUCAGUUUUCCUGCCACAGAGUAUCUCACCCACUUCAUACACACCCAGGCUCUGCAGGUGUCUCCUCCGCGGUCAGUGGUCCUGGACUGCCAUCAUGUCAGCACCAUAGAUUACACGGUGAUCAGCGAACUCAGGGACUUGCUGAGGCAGUUCAAACAGCAAGACGUGCGACUGAUCUUUUCCAGAUUGCAGCCCUCUGUGCUGGAGGUUCUCCUAGCAGCUGAUCUGAAUGAGCUCAGGUACACACACAGUGUGGAGGCGGCGCUGCAGAUGGAGUCAGGGAACCUCCUCGAUGACUGACACAGAAACUGUCCAAUCACAGUCUGAAUGGAAGAUGUUCGAAGCAAUGAAGCAACAACACUGAUCAGUGAUGUUUCUGAUCUGGGAUUAUUGAACUGUUAUGACAUUAAAACGUAAUAAACUACCUCCAUUUGUUGGCAGUCAAGUGUACAGAGACUGUCAGGAACUUUACAUCUGGGGGGAACUUUACAUCUGCCAAACUUGACUCUGGAAAUGAUUGUGGGAUCUCCCAGAUUGCAACACUACAUUGCUCUUGCACAAAAACAUGUGACCAAAUGUAUAAUACUGAGUUUUGCAAUGUUUUACAUGCUUUCGAUGGACAUUUUGCAUUUUAUAUGAAUGAGGAAGUAAUGAGAGAAAUACUAUUACUGAAAUACAUAUUUCACUAACAUUCCCUCUGUCAUGUUUUAAGGCUGAAGAGGACAGGUGAACUGCCAGAGACCAAAUCUGAAUUUACAGAAUAAAAAUGUACUCAUCAGUUUAUUAAUUUACUCAUCACAAGGGGGUUGAUUAAAUUAUAUUAUAAAUCCAAAUCACCACAUUUUUACAAGGAUUUUUAGCAAAUAAAAAGUUUACUUUUUCAUGUGUACAUGUGUGUUUGUCAGGAUUAGGCAGAGACUUUCUCCCUCUCCUCUUGUCUCCUGUGUUUCCCUUCCCUGGUGUGUGUGGUUUGUCCCUGUUUGUCUAUUCAGCUUGUCUGCGUGUCUUUGUGUCCUGUCUUGGUUUUGGACAGAGUGCGGGGGCUGACUUCUCUUCCCAUCUACCGACCUGCGCACCUGCUGUUAAUCUAGCCAUCACUCCACCCUCCACUGUGACUACAUUAGACCAGACCUGCUCUCCAUUCUUCACCAGUUCGUCUGACUGCACGCCUGGCAGUUUCGUGGACAAGCUCGUUGAACUGUUGAGUUGUUAGUAGAGAUUACUCUUGCCCAGGUUUUCUAAGAGAUAAUCACGUCCUCUCCUCCCUCUGUCUGACUGCAGGAUCAUCUGCCACCUUUCCUCCCACUCCUGGAUUACCUGGUUCCCAAUCUCCCUGACCUCACACUCUGUUCUACAUCUUAACUCUGGAGACCCCCACUCUGACUCCACUUCCUCACUCUCCUGGACUCUGCUGCUUAACCUGCCUGUCC